CUUUCUCUUCCUUCUCCCUCCAUUUCCAAGCUCUAGUUCAUCUCUUUCUCUCUCUUCUUCAUUCGAUUUCAAGCGGCAUAAUCGAACAAUGUAGCUCCAGAUUCAUGCGAAAAUAGCUGCGGAUUCAAAAAUAAGAGUGAAAUUCGGUUCAUAUAAAACAAUGACGGAUUCAUGGUUUAGUAACUUUUGGAGAUCAUCUAGCAUGCGUAAGAGUAUAUCCGAAGAAGAUAAGGCUGUUAUAGGAAUCUCUGCGUUUGAGAUCGCGAGUUUGAUGUCAAAAGUAUUAAAUGUAUGGUACUGUCUUAGAGUUAAUCAAGUUAUUCAUCUGAAAGAAGAGAUCAAGCAUUCGAUUGGUAUUCGGAAGCUUGUUUCAGAUGAUGAAGAUCAUCUUAUAGAUCUUGCUGUUGCUGAGAUCACGCAGAAUGUUCAAUACGUAGCGAAAUCAGUUGCUCGGUUGGGGAAAAGAUGCUCAGAUCCAGUCUAUCACUUUCUUGAAGGUGUAUUUGAUGAACCGUUUGAGAUUGAUCUUAACUGGUCAGUUUGGAUAUACAAAGUCAAGAAAAUGGAGAGAAAAGUUAAGAAGAUGGAGAGAUUCGUGGCGGUUACUGCACAGUUACAUCAGGAAUUGGAAAUUCUAGCUCAUUAUGAACAGGAUCAUAGACGAAUAGAGGGGAAUAUGAAUGUAAAUCAGAUGAAAUUGCUUGAAAUCCGACAGAAAGUGUUAUGGCAGCGACAAGAGGUGAAUUAUCUUCGUGAAUCUUCUCCAUGGAUUAGAACUUAUGAUUAUACAGUUAGGCUUCUUCUAAGAUCUCUGUUCACAGUUGUUGAGAGGAUUAAACGUACAUUUGGAUUGAUUCAACAGAAAUCGGUUCUUGAUUGUUUACUCGCAAUCCAUCAAUCUGAAAACAGUUCAUCUUUAGAUCAAAUGAGAUCAAAGAAGAAACAAAGUAAACUUCAUUUCCAAUUGAAGAACAUGGGAUUAUUAUAUAAUGUUGAAUCCUUUAAAGAAUGUAUAACAGGCAGAAAUGAGUCUCCAAUUCUCAGUAGCUGCAAGCCAACCAACAACAUGUUUCAGAAAGAAGAUUAUGUUAAUGACCCGCAAAGGAUUACAUUCGUGCUCGUUUACAAACCGAAGUUAUUGGACGGUUCACCCUCCACUCUUGGUCAUCUCGCUUUGGCUAAUCUGUACGCGAAUAUUAUCAUAUUAAUCGAGAAACUUUCGAAUUAUCCUCAAUAUAUUAGCCCGGAAGCUAGAGAGGAUCUAUAUAGCAUGUUAACUACUUCUAUCAGAGCAUCGCUUAGAGCGAAACUCAAGUUUUUUGAUAGAACUUGUUCCGGUUUGUCCUCUUUUGUUGCGUCUGAAUUGAGCUCGCAACUUAAAAGGAAACUAGAGUGGUUGGCGCCUCUUGCUCAUAAUAUGAUCAAAUGGCAAUCGGAAAGGAACAUCGAGAAGCAAGGUAUGAUUCAGAAGACGAAUAUACUCUUGUUGCAGACGCUUUACUUUGCUGAUCAGGUCAAGACGGAAACUGAUAUUGUCGAACUUCUUACUGGUCUCACUUAUAUUUCAAGGUUUGGAAGAGAAAUAAAUGAUAAGGCAUUGUUCGAUUCUCACUGAAAACACAUUCAGAAAUGUUGGUAAGAAAUGAGAAAAGAAGUUCAAUAUUAAUUUUCAUUGCCAACUCCAAACACAUAUAUUACAUUAUUGCAUAUUUUUUUGAAAAAGGA